UUUCAAUCUUCUUCCAAAGGUAUCAGGUUGCUUCUCCACUAUAGGGUCGAAAAAGCUGCUUUUGUUCUCAACCACAAAUUUCUCUGGAAAUCUCUUAGGGGACGACUUAGCCCUAUAAAAGGGGGUCAGGUGGAGUCAGGAGGAAUUUGGGAGAAGGCUAUGGAGGGCCCGGCUUGCAGCACCAUGAAGAGCUUUCCCGUUGGCUUUCUUCUUCUCCUGAUCUUCAUUCUCAGUGUCCAUUCUGGAGUAGCCACACGUGGCAGUGAUAUAGCCAAGUUCUGCUGCUUCAAAUACAGCCACAAGAUCCUUCCCUGGAAGUCGGUGCAUUCCUAUCACUUCACCAGGAACAGCUGCCCCCAGCAGGCUGUGAUAUUCACUACCAAAAAAGGCCUUAAAGUCUGUGCCCAGCCAAAGGAAAAAUGGGUGCGAAGAUACGUUUCUUUACUCAGAAAACAGCAGUGAUGGAAACUGUAGGAUUUUAAGCCCAAGGGCACCUAGGCCCUGCUCUUGACCCUGCUGCCCUUGGUGGGACCUGGAGAUUUUCUUCAGCAGAAGUUUCUGUGGGACUGAGGGGGAAGGGAGGUUUAUAAUAACGAUUCUAACAAUUUCUUUUUUCGUUAAGCUUCGAUUUGCUCCUAAACAUUCUUAUUCAGUAAAACAGGAGUCUUCUCCAAAGGAGAGAAAUGGAGUCAAUAUUUUUGGCUGGUUCCCUGCACCAAUGCUGGUGUGGAAUUCUGCCUUGUGUUUCUGUGUCCCCCACCCCUCCCCAAAAAAAGCCAGGGAGAUAUAUUUUGGCAAAAUGCCCAUUAAAUGUUUUCAUAUUAUUUAGA